ACGCUAGGUAACGUAGUCCCGGCACGUAAUUUUCAUUCAAGCAGCAUUUGAAUAACGAAGAUGGCGGCCGCAGCAGUGGUUGAGUUUCAGAGAGCUCAGUCUCUCAUUAGCACGGACCGAAACGCAUCAAUCGACAUUCUCCAUUCAAUAGUGAGAAGAGAUGUCCAGGAGAACGAUGAGGAAGCCGUCCGGGUUAAAGAACAGAGUAUCCUGGAGCUGGGGACACUGCUGGCCAAGACGGGACAGGCUGCAGAACUCGGGGGUCUGCUGAAAUUUGUGAGGCCUUUUCUGAUUUCCAUCAGCAAGGCCAAGGCGGCCCGGCUGGUCCGCUCCCUGCUGGACCUCUUUCUUGACAUGGAGGCGGCGACGGGGCAGGAAGUUGAGCUGUGCCUUGAGUGCAUCGAGUGGGCCAAGACCGAGAAGAGAACCUUCCUUCGACAGGCUCUGGAGGCACGACUGAUCUCGCUCUAUUUCGACACCAAAAGAUACCAGGAGGCCUUGGCGCUUGGCACCCAGCUGCUCAUGGAGCUGAAAAAGAUGGACGACAAAGCUCUUCUGGUCGAGGUCCAGCUGCUUGAAAGUAAGACGUACCACGCUCUUAGUAACCUGCCCAAGGCCCGCGCAGCCCUCACCUCCGCCAGGACCACCGCCAACGCCAUCUACUGCCCCCCCAAGCUCCAGGCAGCCCUGGACAUGCAGUCAGGGAUCAUCCACGCAGCGGAGGAGAAGGACUGGAAAACGGCCUACUCCUACUUCUUUGAGGCCUUCGAGGGCUACGACUCCAUCGACCACCCCAGAGCCAUCACGUCGCUCAAAUACAUGCUUCUGUGCAAGAUCGUCCUCAACUUACCUGAGGAGGUCCAAGGCCUAAUCAGUGGGAAACUGGGCUUGCGACAUGCCGGCCGACAGACCGAUGCGAUGAAAAGCGUCGCCCAGGCCUGCAAGAACCGAUCACUAGCAGACUUUGAAAAGGCCCUAACGGAGUACAGAGCAGAGCUGAGGGACGACCCCAUCAUCAGCACUCACCUGGCCAAGCUGUACGACAACCUGCUGGAACAGAACCUCAUCCGAGUCAUCGAACCCUUCUCCAGAGUACAAAUGGAACACAUAUCGGGUCUGAUCAAACUGUCAAAGGGGGAUGUUGAGAGGAAAUUAUCACAGAUGAUUCUGGAUGAAAAGUUUCACGGCAUCCUCGACCAAGGUGAAGGCGUCCUGAUCAUUUUCGAAGAGCCCCCAGUGGACAAAACGUACGGAGCCGCCUUGGAGACGAUUCAGAACAUG